UCUCUCUCUCUCCCUAUCAGAUUAUAUUUCUCAAAUUUCUUUAUUUAUAAAAGAAUCACAUAAUCAGUGCAAACACAUAAUUUUCUUCCUUAUAUAAACCCCACCCACUUCAUUUUCUCAGAAGAAAAGAAACAUCAACAAAAUUAAGAAUGAGAGGAAAAUAUACUUCUUUACUAGUAGUAGUGCUUAUUGUCUUGGUCUCCAAUGUUCUAGCGGAGAACAACUCUUCAAUACCUAAGCUAAGAAGAAGUGAUUUUCCAGAAGAUUUCAUUUUUGGGUCUGCAACAUCUGCUUACCAGGUUGAAGGAGGUGCUCAUGAAGAUGGUAGAGGACCAAGUAUCUGGGAUACCUUCUCUGAAAAAUACCCAGAGAAGAUAAAGGAUGGUAGCAAUGGGUCUGUUGCAGAUAACUCUUACCAUCUUUACAAGGAAGAUGUGGCUUUAUUGCAUCAAAUUGGCUUCAAUGCUUACAGAUUUUCAAUCUCUUGGUCGAGAAUAUUGCCUCGUGGAGAUCUAAAAGGAGGAAUAAACCAAGCUGGUAUUGACUAUUACAACAACCUGAUCAAUGAGCUUCUGUCCAAAGGAAUUAAGCCUUUUGCCACCAUGUUUCAUUGGGACACACCACAAGGUCUUGAAGAUGCUUACGGUGGAUUUCGUGGCGCAGAGAUUGUAAACGAUUUCCGUGAUUAUGCGGAUAUUUGCUUUAAGAAUUUUGGAGAUCGAGUGAAACACUGGAUGACACUGAACGAGCCAUUAACAGUGGUGCAACAAGGGUAUGUUGCAGGUGUAAUGGCUCCUGGAAGAUGCUCCAAAUUCACAAACCCCAACUGCACCGCCGGAGAUGGAGCCACAGAGCCUUAUAUCGUUGGUCAUAACCUCAUUCUUGCUCACGGGGCCGCUGUCCAAGUCUACAGAGAAAAAUACAAGGCAUCUCAAAAGGGUCAAGUUGGUAUCGCGUUGAACGCGGGUUGGAACUUGCCCUAUACAGAAUCGGCGGAAGAUAGGUUAGCAGCGGCACGAGCCAUGGCCUUCACAUUUGACUACUUCAUGGAGCCACUCGUGACCGGUAAAUACCCAAUUGACAUGGUCAACAACGUAAAAGGCGGUCGGUUGCCUACUUUCACUGCACAACAAUCUAAGAUGCUUAAGGGCUCAUAUGAUUUCAUUGGUAUCAAUUAUUACUCUUCCACUUACGCAAAGGAUGUCCCCUGCUCCACCGAACAAGUUACAAUGUUCUCUGAUCCUUGUGCCAGUGUUACAGGCGUAAGAGAAGGAGUUCCCAUUGGUCCAAAGGCUGCAUCAGAUUGGCUUCUGAUAUAUCCAAAGGGAAUUCGUGAUCUUGUCCUCUAUGCAAAAUACAAGUUCAAAGACCCGGUCAUGUACAUAACCGAAAACGGGAGAGAUGAAUUCAGCACGGACAAAAUAUUCCUUAAAGACGACGACAGAAUCGAUUACUACGCUCGACAUCUCGAAAUGGUUCAAGAUGCAAUCUCGGUCGGAGCCAAUAUUAAGGGAUUUUUUGCGUGGUCGUUGUUGGACAACUUUGAAUGGGCAAUGGGAUACACCGUCCGGUUCGGGUUGGUUUACGUGGACUUCAAAGAUGGAUGUAAGAGAUACCCAAAGAAAUCUGCUAAGUGGUUUAAAGAGUUGUUGAAUCCAAAGAAAAGCAAUUGAUGGAAGCUGUGAUAUUCCGUUUUAUUAAUGUCCAUGUUACUUUUGAAAGAGUUAUUAUUAUCAUUUUUCUCAGUUGGAAAUAAUGAGCAAUGGUUUUAUACGUUUCGCUACUUAUACAAUGAACCCGGUUGUUUUCUUCUUCAUAAAAUAGCCUGAUCGAUUUUAGGCAAGAUCUAAUAACACCAAAAAAAAAUUACUAAUCUAAAAUCACUUUCUCGUC